CUUGAGGUUGAAGGUGAAGCCUGGAGUGCCUUAUAAAAACCUCCCCGGCUCAGUACUUCUCACCAGCCCUGGCUUCUUGCUACAUUUCCACUCUCCUGCACACUGAAGGGUUGAGAAGAUGACUAAGCUGGAGGACCAUAUGGAGGGGAUCAUCAAUGUCUUCCACCAGUACUCGGUCCGGGUGGGGCAUUAUGAUAAGCUUUCCAAGGGUGAGAUGAAGCAGCUGAUCACAAGGGAACUUCCGAACACCCUCAAGAACACCAAAGAUCAGGCUACGAUUGACAAAACAUUCCAAGAUCUGGAUGCUGAUAAAGAUGGACAGAUCGACUUUAGUGAAUUUGUAACCCUGGUGGUCCGUGUGCUGCUGACUGCGCAUGAGGAUAUCCACAAAGAGUAAGGAGCUCCGAGGGCUCUUCUCCAGCAAAGUUCGCAGGAAGACCUUUCCUUGUAAUCACGGAAGCCCUGCUCUGCACGCGGGAAGUGGGAGUUAAUAAAUGUAUUCUUGAAAAGUU